ACCCCUCACUGUCUUCUAGAAUUACCCGAUCAACCCAUCUUGUUCCUCAAGUCGCUUUGAUCUAUAAGCAUAAGUCGGAAUCGAAAAUCGGGAAAAGAUCGAACCUUAAGCCUGCGACGAACAGAUCUGAAGAUGGAGUGCGUAUUCGGUCUCGUCGGGAAUGGAUUCGCCAUCGUUGCGGCGGAUACAUCGGCAGUUCACAGUAUCCUUGUCCACAAGAACAACGAAGACAAGAUCAUGGUCCUUGACUCACACAAGCUCGUCGCCGCAAGCGGCGAGCCUGGUGACCGGGUUCAGUUUACGGAGUAUGUUCAGAAGAAUGUGUCACUGUAUCAAUUCCGAAACGGGAUCCCUUUGACCACAUCUGCUGCAGCGAACUUCACUCGUGGAGAGCUCGCCACUGCUUUGAGAAAGAAUCCGUAUUCUGUGAACAUCCUGAUGGCUGGCUACGACAAAGAAGCAGGCGCAUCACUAUACUACAUUGACUACAUUGCAACUCUUCACAAGGUUGAUAAGGGAGCAUUUGGCUACGGCUCAUACUUCUCUCUCUCCACAAUGGACAGACACUACCGCAGCGACAUGACUGUGGAAGAAGCCAUUGAAUUGGUCGACAAAUGCAUACUUGAGAUCAGGUCGAGGCUGGUCAUUGCACCACCAAACUUUAUCAUCAAGAUCGUCGACAAAAACGGAGCUCGUGUCCACGCUACGCGUCAGUCUGUACAAGACGUCACUACUGCUGCUGUCUGAUUGAGUCUUCGUUAAUGUUAUGAAUUUUAAAAGCUUUCUUGGAAUAUUAAGUUCUCAGAUCAUGAUUAUGAUGAUAUGACUCUGUGUUUGGAACUUUGAAAUGAAAAAGAAACAGUUUCAUUCUUGCCCUUA